AUGAUCUGUGAUUAUUCUGCAGGAGGAGAAGGAUCCUGUGAUUAUUCAGCAGGAGGAGGAGGAUCUGUGAUUAUUCAGCAGGAGGAGGAUCCUGUGAUUAUUCAACAGGAAGAGGAUCCUGUGAUUAUUCAGCAGGAGGAGGAGGAUCCUGUGAUUAUUCUGCAGGAGGAGAAGGAUCCUGUGAUUAUUCAGCAGGAGGAGGAGGAUCUCGAACACAAAAGGCCUGGGAUCAGAUCUGCUUUCUCCAAUUUCCCUGAUUCUGCGCGUGACGAGGAGGCGGCAGCGAACACAGAGGCCCUAAUGACCAAUCAACACCCUUCUCUCUGCCGCGGCGUCUGUCAGCCUCCAAUGGCCUCCGCCGUCGUGUCAGCCCGCGAUGAAGGCGUCUCCGCCGGCGUCUGCUUCUCUGGCACAGGCCCGGACCCCCGUCACAGUGGGGGGCCCCUGCACUGGCUCCGGGACCACCGGGAGGAGAGGGGAGAGGUGCGAGAGAGGCUGGACUCAGGGCCAAGUGCUAACACGGAUCCUCAGUCCUGGGUCUACAGCCUCUGCCACGACUCACCGUGUCACCACCGCGGCCACUGCAUCAACCUGCGGCAGAGCUACAGCUGCAUCUGCCCACGGCCAUACACCGGCCACGACUGUGAGGAGGAACUCGUCGCGGCUCGUUUCGGACACGAGGAUUCUCAAAGCGUCGCCGUUUUCACCGUCACCGAUGACAUCACGGAGAACCUCAGUCUCUCCCUGUUCCUGAGAACCAGGAGACAGCGCUGCCUCCUGCUGGCCGUGUCCAGCAACAACACCCUCUACUUCACUCUGCGGCUGGAGGACGGCAAGGUCCUGGUCCAGCUCGGCUCCUUCGGCCUCAUCCAGUCCAACAGGACCGUGAACGACGGAGAGGUCCACUUUGUCAGCGUCGACUUGUCCAAUGGGACUAUGAAGCUGGACGUACAAGGUGAAGAACAGGACCAUGUGGAGGCCGGGUCUGUGGAUGUGCGAGCAGGAGAUGCUGUGUAUGUGGGCGGGCUGUGGAAGAGCGAGCAGACGGCGGCGUUCGGGGGGGGUCUGAAGGGGUGUGUCCAGGACCUGCGCAUCAACGACCGGAGGCUGCUGUUCUUCAGUUCGGUGGAUUCGACGAAAGAAGAUUUUCCUCUGGUUCACCGCGAGAACGUGAGCGAGGGCUGCACCGGAGACGACCAGUGCAGCAGGAACCCGUGUCUGAACGGGGGCAUGUGCUUCUCCGUGUGGGACGACUUCAGCUGCUCCUGCGCCCCCAGCACCUCGGGGCGUCGCUGUGAGGAGGUGCGCUGGUGCGAGCUGGGCCCCUGUCCCGCCGGGGCCGAGUGCCGGGUCCUGGGCCGCGGAUACGACUGUUACUCCAACGCCACGUUCCUGAACGACUCCACGGUCCUGACGUUCAGAGGAAACGGGCAGAUCCUGAGAAACCUGACCAGCCUCUCCCUGGACCUGCGCACCAGGAAGCGCAACGCCGCCGUCCUGCACGCCGAGCACGCCUCCUCCUUCAUCACGCUGUCGCUGCAGGAGGGCCACCUGGUCCUGGAGCUGCAGAGCGAUGGCGAGGAGGAGGAGCAGGAGGAGCAGGAGGAGGAGGAGGAGGAGGAGAGGAAGGUCUCCACCGUCAGCAUCAGCAGCCGGACGGUGGUGAGCGACGGCGAAUGGCAUCACGUGCAUCUGUUCAUGGCCACGCCCUGGACGCAGACGUCGCGCUGGACUCUGGUGUUGGACCAGGAGGUGGAGGCGGCGAGCACGUCCAGGACUCGAGCCGGGAACCUGGACUUCCUGCGGCAGGGAGUGGACAUCUUCUUGGGAGGACUGGCCCCGGAGGCAGGCUGGGCUCUGGCAGGCUGCUUGAGCACGGUGGAGUUGGGGGGCAUCGCGUUGUCUUACUUCACCUCCGCAGACGUGAACUUGCCUCGGCUUCAGCCGGACCAGUUCUCCCUGGUCUCCUCGGGGGCCCCUCUCCUGGGCUGCAGCGGGGCCUUGGUCUGUGAGCCCAGUCCCUGCCUGAACGGGGGCCUCUGUCAGGACCUCUUCAACUGGUUCAACUGCAGCUGUGUGGGAGGGUGGGCCGGCCGCCGCUGUGACCUGUACAUCAACGCCUGUGCCUCCCAGCCCUGUCGCCACGGGAACUGCUCGGGGCGGGGGCUGCAGUACCAGUGUGAGUGUGAGGUCGGGUUCUCGGGGCAGGACUGUGACCUGGAGGUGGACCCCUGUGAGAAACAUCUGUGUGCCAACGGCGCCACCUGUCUGCAGGGCCCCAAAGGCUACUCCUGCCUCUGCCCCGACAACUACACCGGCCCUCUCUGCAGUGAGCGCGUCAGAGAAUUACCCUGGUACAUGAUCGUCAGAAGUGUUCGUCCCAAACUCCCGGUGUCGGUUUGUGGAGACAGCCUCAGGAACUACACCUGCUUUAACGGAGGAAACUGCACCGAGCGAGACCUGUCGUGUGACUUGGUCCCUGUGUGCUAUGACCCAGUGGUCCCUGUGUGCUAUGACCCUGUGGUCCCUGUGUGCUAUGACCCUGUGGUCCCUGUGUGCUAUAAUCCUGUGGUCCCUGUGUGCUAUGACCCAGUGGUCCCUGUGUGCUAUAACCCUGUGGUCCCUGUGUGCUAUAACCCUGUGGUCCCUGUGUGCUAUAACCCUGUGGUCCCUGUGUGCUAUAACCCUGUGGUCCCUGUGUGCUAUAACCCUGUGGUCCCUGUGUGCUAUAACCCUGUGGUCCCUGUGUGCUAUGACCCUGUGGUCCCUGUGUGCUAUGACCCUGUGGUCCCUGUGUGCUAUGACCCUGUGGUCCCUGUGUGCUAUGACCCUGUGGUCCCUGUGUGCUAUAACCCUGUGGUCCCUGUGUGCUAUGACCCUGUGGUCCAGGUGUGCUAUAACCCUGUGGUCCCUGUGUGCUAUGACCCUGUGGUCCAGGUGUGCUAUAACCCUGUGGUCCCUGUGUGCUAUGACCCUGUGGUCCAGGUGUGCUAUCACCCUGUGGUCCCUGUGUGCUAUGACCCUGUGGUCCCUGUGUGCUAUAACCCUGUGGUCCCUGUGUGCUAUGACCCUGUGGUCCCUGUGUGCUAUAACCCUGUGGUCCCUGUGUGCUAUAACCCUGUGGUCCCUGUGUUCUAUAACCUUGUGGUCCCUGUGUGCUAUAACCCUGUGGUCCCUGUGGUCCCUGUGUGCUAUAACCCUGUGGUCCCUGUGUGCUAUAACCCUGUGGUCCCUGUGUGCUAUAACCCUGUGGUCCCUGUGUACUAUAACCUUGUGGUCCCUGUGUGCUAUAACCCUGUGGUCCCUGUGUGCUAUAACCCUGUGGUCCCUGUGUGCUAUAACCCUGUGGUCCCUGUGUUCUAUAACCUUGUGGUCCCUGUGUGCUAUAACCCUGUGGUCCCUGUGGUCCCUGUGUGCUAUAACCCUGUGGUCCCUGUGUGCUAUACCCUGUGGUCCCUGUGUGCUAUGACCCUGUGGUCCCUGUGUGCUAUGACCCUGUGGUCCCUGUGUGCUAUGACCCUGUGGUCCCUGUGUGCUAUGACCCUGUGGUGUGAGCAGGAGGUGGACGAGUGUCGUUCUAGUCCCUGUCUGAACGGAGGGUACUGUAGGAACCUGAUGAACCGCUUCGUGUGUGUGUGUGACAUGAGCUUCGCUGGAGACGUCUGUGAGAUCGACGUAAGCGACAUCUACUUCUACGUUGCUCUGCUCCUCUGGCAGAACCUGUUCCAGCUUCUUUCUUUCCUCAUCCUGCGGCUGGACGACGAGCCCGAGGUGGACUGGGGCGAGGGGGACUGA